UGCGUGCGGGGCUUUGUGGCGCGAAGCUUUGUGGCGCACGCGCUGACGCGCCUCAGGAGAUAUAAAAAGGCACGCAAGACUCGGCUUUCCUCAGGAGCCGCCCGCAAGCGGGUAACGAGGAAGCUCUUAAGAACGCAGCCGGAAAGAAGUUGAGUUACAGACAUCCUGCCAAAAUGAUUUCUUCAACGUCCAGAUUUGGCAUACCCUAUGGCCUCAAGACUCUACUCGAAGGAAUUAGCAGAGCCACUAUCAAAAGCAACCCAUCAAACAUCAACCAGUUUGCAGUAGCUUAUUUUAAAGAACUUACUAUGUAUAGAGAAGGGAAUUCUUCUCUGGAUAUAAAGGAUCUGGUUAAACAGUUUCAUCAGAUUAAAGUACAGAAGUGGUCAGAAGGAUCAAUACGACCGAAGAAAGUAGAAUGUUUAAAAGAACCAGAAAAAACAUCUGUAGAAUCUAAAGUACCUACACGGAUGGAAAAAUCUACAGACACAGAGGAGGACAAUGUAACCGGAACAGGAUAUAAUGACAAAACCACCCAGUUUCCAUCAUCAACUUCUGCUGAGCUAGGUGCUGAGCAAACUGAAGCAGUUCAUGAUUCUUCUUCCAAAGCAGCUACCCCUAAGACUGCUACCCCACCCUCCUCACCACCUCCAACAGCUGUCUCACCAGAGUUUGCCUAUGUCCCAGCUGACCCAGCUCAGUUUGCUGCUCAGAUGUUAGGUAAAGUUUCAUCUAUUCAUUCUGAUCAAUCUGAUGUUUUAAUGGUGGAUGUGGCAACCAGUAUGCCUGUUGUUAUCAAGGAGGUGCCGAGCUCAGAGGCUGCUGAAGAUGUCAUGGUGGCUGCUCCUCUUGUGUAUUCUGGAAAGGUACUAGAAGUGCAGGUUGUGAGCCAAACAUCUGUCCAUGUAGAUUUGGGUUCUCAACCUAAAGAAAAUGAGGCUGAACUAUCAACGGCUUCCUCAGUCCCCUUGCAGGAUGAACAAGAACCUCCUGCUUAUGAUCAAGCUCCUGAGGUCCCUUUGCAGGCUGAUAUUGAGGUUAUGUCAACUGUUCGUAUAUCAUCUAUCUAUAAUGAUGUGCCUGUAACUGAAGGAGUUGUUUAUGUUGAGCAACUGCCAGAACAAAUAGUUAUCCCUUUCACUGAUCAAGUUGCUUGUCUUAAAGAAAAUGAGCAGUCACCACCAGGUAGUCCCAAACCUGUAGUAGAAAAGACAACCUCUGGCAUGUCUAAAAAAUCUGUAGAAUCUGUAAAACUUGCACAGUUGGAGGAGAAUGAAAAAUAUCCCUCAGUAUAUAUGGAGGCAGAAGCAACAGCUCUGCUCUCAGACACAUCUUUGAAAGGUCAGCCUGAGGUACCUGCAGAACCCCUGGAUGCAGAGGGCACUAUCAAAAUAGGCUCUGAAAAAUCUCUGCACUUUGAAGUGGCGAUCACUUCAAUAGUCUCUGACAAUACUGGGCAGGAGGAGUCCGGGGAAAACUCUGCACCCCAGGAGAUGGAAGGCAAACCUGUGCUCUCUGGGGAAGCUGCAGAAGCAGUGCACUCAGGUACAUCUAUAAAAUCAUCUAGUGGCCCCUUCCCUUCUGCUCCAGAAGGUCUUACUGCACCAGAAAUCGAACCAGAAGGGGAAGCAACAGCUGAAUAAGGUUUGAUGAAGCCAGCAAUGGCAGCAAGCGAACCAGAACAGCCACCACCAUAUUCCAACAUGUGGACCCUUUAUUGUCUAACUGAUAAGAAUCAACAAAGUCACUCAUCACCGCCACCUGCACCUGGGCCUUUCCCCCAAGCAACCCUCUACAUAUCUAAUCCUAAGGAUCCUCAGUUUCUGCAGCAUCCACCAACAGUCACUUCUCCAAUUUAUGUGAUGGACGACACAAAGAAGAUCAAUGCCCCACCUUUUAUCUUAGUAGGCUCAAAUGUUCAGAAAGCACAGGAAUGGGAACCUCUUCCUGGGCAUGCUGUUGUUUCGCAGUCAGAUGUCUUGAAGAGAUACGCUGCAGUACAAGUGCCCAUUGCUGUUCCUGCAGAUGGGAAAUUCCAGAAACAUACUCUAAGUCCCCACAAUGCUAAUCCUCCAAGUGGACAAGAUGUCCCCAAGCCAAAAAGCCCUGUUUUUCUUUCUGUUGCUUUCCCAGUAGAAGAUGUAGCUAAAAAAAGUUCAGGAUCUGGUGACAAAUGUGCUCCCUUUGGAAGUUACGGUAUUGCUGGGGAGAUAACUGUGGCUACUGCUCACAAAGUUCGCAAAGCAGAAAGUGAAAACUG